AUGGCGGCGGCUUGUAGACGCGCUCAGGUUCUCCUGCAGUUCAUCCUGUUCCAGUGCUUCUGCGUGGUUCUGGCGCACGGGUCAAAACCUGGAGCGAAUGGUAACCUCCAUCCUCCGGUGGUGGUGGUUCCUGUGAACCGGCAGCUGAAGCUCGGAGCGCCGAAUUCGGUGAAUAUCGGAGGCGCGGCGGCGGCGGUCUCGCAGGCGAGGAGGGCGGCCGGCUGGAGGCUGGCAGAAGAGGAGGCCUGCGGAGACGACGUGAGCCGCCUGUGUCCUAAACACACCUGGAGCAACAACCUGGCCGUACUGGAAUGCUUACAGGACAGGAAGGAGGAAACUGAGAUCGCUUCUGACUGCAACCAUUUGCUGUGGAACUAUAAACUGAAUUUGACGACCGAUCCCAAGUUCGAGUCCGUAGCAGUCGAAGUGUGUAAAAGUACUAUACCAGAGAUUAAAGAAUGUGCAGCUGAAGAGAGAGGUAAAGGCUAUCUAGUGUCCUGCCUGGUGGAUCACCGUGGCAACAUCACGGAGUACCAGUGCAAUCAGUACAUCACGAAGAUGACCAGCAUCAUCUUCAGUGACUACCGGCUCAUAUGCGGGUUCAUGGACAAGUGUCGAGAGGACAUCAACGCCCUUCACUGUGGAAGCAUCAACACUGGGGAGAAAGACCUGCAUUCUCAAGGCGAGGUGAUUGAAUGUCUGGAGAAAGCUUUAGUACAAGAAGCAGAGCAGCAAGACAAGGUUCACCAAAUCCGAGACGACUGCAAGAAGUCCAUCAUGCGAGUGGCCGAGCUCUCGUCCGACGACUUCCAUCUGGACCGCUACCUCUACUUUUCCUGUCGGGAUGAUCGAGAGCGAUUCUGUGAAAAUACCCAAGUUGGAGAAGGCAGGGUUUACAAAUGUCUGUUCAACCACAAAUUUGAGGAAGCCAUGUCUGAAAAGUGCAGAGACGCCCUGACCACUAGGCAGAAGCUGAUCGCGCAGGACUAUAAGGUCAGUUACUCUCUGGCGAAAGCGUGCAAGGCUGACCUCCGCAAAUAUCGCUGUAGCCUGGACGCCAACAUGCCCCGAGCCCGAGAGGCGAGACUGUCGUACUUACUCCUCUGCCUGGAGUCUGCAGUGCACAGAGGACGCACGGUGAGCGGAGACUGUCAGGGCGAGAUGCUGGACUACAGACACAUGCUGAUGGAGGAUUUCUCGCUGAGCCCGGAGAUCGUGCUGCACUGCCGAGGCGAGAUCGAGGCUCACUGCUCCGGUCUGCACCGUAAGGGAAGAACCCUGCACUGUCUCAUGAGGGUGGGCCGAGGAGACAAGGGGCCGAUGGACAGCCAGUGCCAGAACGCACUCCAGGCACUCAUCCAAUCUGCUGACCCUGGUGCUGAUUACCGCAUUGACCGGGCUCUCAAUGAAGCGUGCGAGUCUGUAAUACAGACAGCUUGCAAACACAUCCGCAACGGAGAUCCCAUGAUCCUCUCGUGUCUAAUGGAGCAUCUCUACACAGAAAAGAUGGUAGAGGACUGCGAGCACAGGCUGCUGGAGCUACAGUACUUCAUCUCCAGAGACUGGAAGCUCGACCCUAUUCUGUAUCGUAAGUGCCAGAACGAUGCGUCCCGGCUCUGUCACACACACGGCUGGAACGAGACGAGCGAGAUGAUGCCCCCAGGCGCGGUGUUUUCCUGCCUCUAUCGUCACGCGUACCGAACAGAAGAGCAAGGCAGACGGCUCACGAGGGAGUGUAAAGUGGAAGUCCAGAGGAUUUUGCAUCAGAGGGCUUUGGAUGUGAAGCUGGACCCAGAACUCCAGAAACGCUGCAUGACUGACCUGGGAAAGUGGUGCAGCGAGAAGACCGAUACUGGUCAGGAACUGGAGUGUCUACAAGAACAUCUAGAGGAUCUGAUGACCGACUGCAGGGAUGUGGUGGGAAACCUGACCGAGCUCGAGUCCGAGGACAUCCAGAUCGAAGCGUUGCUGAUCCGAGCGUGCGAGCCAGUCAUCCAGACCCACUGCCACGAUGUGGCUGAUAAUCAGCUAGACACGGGGGAUCUGAUGGACUGCCUGGUCCAGAACAAACAUCAGAAGGAGAUGAAUGAGAAGUGCGCUGUUGGAGUGACGCACUUCCAGCUGAUUCAGAUGAAGGACUUUCGUUUCUCCUACAAGUUCAAGAUGGCCUGCAAGGAGGACGUGCUCAAACUGUGUCCUAACAUUAAAAAGAAAGGCGAUGUCGUGUUCUGUUUGAGCACCACCGUGAGGAAUGACACUCUCCAGGAUGUGAAGGAGCAGCGCGUGUCCCUGAAGUGUCGCAAACAGCUGAGGGUGGAAGAGCUGGAAAUGUCGGAGGACAUUCGUCUAGAGCCUGAGCUGCACAGCGCGUGUAAGAAGGAUAUCGAGAGGUUUUGCUCCGCCGUGUCAUUUGGCAACGCUCAGGUCACCGAGUGUUUGAAGGAGAAUAAACAGCAGCUGUCUCACACGUGCCAUCAGAAGGUGUUUAAGCUGCAGGAGCUGGAGAUGAUGGACCCUGAGCUGGACUACCAGCUGAUGAGAGUCUGCAAACAGAUGAUUAAGCGUUUUUGUACGGAGUCCGAUGCCAAGAACAUGCUGCAGUGCCUGAAACAGAACAAGAACAGCGAGCUAAUGGACCCCAAAUGUAAGCAGAUGAUCACCAAGAGGCAGAUUACUCAGAGCACAGACUACAGGCUUAAUCCUGUGCUACGGAAGGCCUGCAAAGCAGAUAUUCCCAAAUUCUGUCAGAACAUCCUGAACAAGGCCACCGACGACGGUGAACUGGAGGGCCAAGUCAUUUCCUGUCUCAAGCUCAAGUAUGCCGACCAGCGUUUGUCUUCAGACUGCGAGGACCAGAUCAGGGUGAUCCUGCAGGAGUCGGCCCUUGACUACAGACUGGAUCCUCAGCUUCAGCUUCACUGCAGUAAGGAGAUUACCGAGUUGUGUGCAGAGGAAGCCGCAGCACAAGAACAAACAGGCCAAGUGGAGGAAUGUCUAAAGACCAACCUGCUGAAGCUGAAACAUGACGCGUGCAAAAAGGAGGUUUUAAACAUGCUCAAGGAGAGCAAAGCAGACAUUUUCGUGGAUCCUGUCUUGCACACAGCCUGUGCCUUGGACCUGAAGCACCAGUGUGCGGCGAUAACCCCUGGCCGAGGCCGACAGAUGACUUGUUUGAUGGAGGCUCUCCAGGACAAGCGGGUGAGACUGCAACCCGAGUGUAAGAAGAGACUGCAAGACCGGAUCGAUAUGUGGGGCUACGCAGCCAAGGUGGCCCCAGCUGAAGGCUUCGCAGACCUGGCCUUCCAAGUGAUGAUGUCACCUUCCAAGAAUUAUAUACUGUUGGUGAUUGCGCUGGGCGUGUGCAUCCUCUUCCUGGUGGGCUUGCUGUGUGGACGCAUCACUAAACGCGUGACCAGGGAACUGAAGGAUAGGUAGAGCCUGGAUCCUCAACUCGUACAUCUCGGACUCGUUCUUAAAGGAAAAAAAAAAAAAAACAGAAAAGAAGAACGCCUAGACCAUUUUUACCACAUAUCCACCGUUCUAAUCCUGACCUGAGUGUCCUGCUUUACCAUCCCUGACUCAGGACGCUGUAAGUAAACACAUGAUGGGUCGUUCUGCUCCAUGCUGCCCCCUGCUGUGAAAGUCCCAGAAUACACACAUCAAAAGUCAACAGAUUCGAGCAUUCUGGGACGCUCAUCUGUGCUGUCUUUUUGGGUUUUUUUUUUUGGUUUUUUUUUUUCCUUCUAAUAUUGAUUGUUUUAUUGAAUGCUUGAUUGACUCAGUGUGUGAACCACAUGCCAUGUUGGUGACAGAUUUUACAAACGACUCCAACAAUGCAUUUUUUCCUAGGAUUUAGGGUGGUAGGUUUUUUUUUUUUUUUUUUUUUUUUUUUUUUUUUUUUUUUUUUUUUUUUUUUUUUUUUUUUUUUUUUUUUAAAGCACUCUGAAGCAUUGUACAUAUGCAGGUUUUCCACUUGGACGUACAGUCAUAUAGCUUCACUUUAAAAAAAAAAAAAAAUCUGUAUAAAUAUGGGGUUCUGUUGUCCCAAAUCACUGGAUCUGAACGUGUUAGGAUUAUUUGAAAUUUCGUGUGAAAAUCUGGACCGAAGAUGAAACGUACAUUUUGUAACUGUCAGAGUUAUGUGUUAUAAUUACAAAUAAUUGAAGAAUAACCGAUGAAGAAAACGGUAGCGCUAAAUCUGGUACAUAUUUACUCCUAUUUUUAACCCCCCCCCUCUCCAUCCAGUCUGCAUUUUCACACUUGGCACCUCAUGAACAGACGUCAGGCUCUGAGAGGAAAUGGUUUCAAAACAUCCCUUCCUGCAAUUUUUUUUUUUUUUUUUUUUUUUUUUUUUUUAAACUUAGUUGUUCGCAAGGAUCUUGUUGGUUUAUGGUUAAACUUUUUUUUUUUUUUUUUUUUUUAAUUUUUUUUAUUGAUGUGUAGGUGAGGGGAAUUAAGAUUAAUUUCUCCAAGUGAUUGCUCAUUUGAACAACUUACUACCUAUUCAGAGUUUAAUAAAGCCUACAGGUGUGUGCAUUGUCUGUAAAAGAGGACUAAACAUCUUUACAUAUUAAAAACCAAACAAAACAAACAAAACAAAAAAAAACGCCAAGAGUCCUUUGGACCAAUGUUAUUAAAAAUAAGUCCUGUAUGAGAAGAGUACAAAAUUCAAAGUGGCUUUGAAUGCUGAUUGAAUUCAGUACUCGAUGACUCGGCUUUUUAACUCCUUUUGAAUUCUGGAUUUCUUUUAACGAACCGUACGUUCACUUGUCGUCGUCGUCGUCGUCUUAUUUAACGCUCAAAAUACUCCUUCGCACGUUCUUUCGCAAAGCUCUUCAUUACAAAUGAUCUCCUCAGUAACGACCUGAGUGAAAAGUAGAAACUUAGUCGGAAAUUCAUGUAAAUAUUUCUUUCUUAGAAUUUGCUUUAAUGACUUGAGCCGGCGUGGGCUCCAGAGGUUUGCGUAAAACCUGGCGAUUCGUGUUGGGUCGAAUCCGUCGGUGUCGUCCGAACGCUCGCUCCGUUGGACAGGAGGAGGCUCGAGGGAGGAGGCUCGAGGGAGGAGGCUCGAGGGAGGAGACUCGAGGGAGGAGGCUCGAGGGAGGAGACUCGAGGGAGGAGACUCGAGGGAGGAGACUCGAGGGAGGAGACUCGAGGGAGGAGACUCGAGGGAGAUCUGAUCUUUUGUUCAAGGGCGUUAACAUGAUCAGAAAUUUAAAUCGUGACCUAGAAUUUGUCCAGAAUCUUGUAUCUUCAAGAUGCAUGUCUCUUGUCUUUGUUUGGAAAAUUUUUUACAUUUUUAUACAAGUUCCGGAUUUGGACACGUAAAGCAAUUUAAAAAGUGGGGAAUAAACUCCAGUCCACAGCGUGCAAUUGGUCAGGGUUGCUGUAGAUCCAGAGUCUAUCCCAGAAACAGUGUGUGAGGUGGGAAUACACUCUGAAUGGGAUACUAGUCCAUCGUACAUGUGCUCUCUCUCUCUCUCACACACACACACACACACACACACACACACACACACACACACACUCCUAGCCAAUCCACCGGGAUGUUUCUAUGAGUGAGAAAUAAAUAAUCUUUACCAUACAACACGUUGGCUUGGUGGUCAGCGCGUUCGCCUCACACCUCCGCCGUUGGUGGAUUUAAAUUUAAGUUUGCACGUUCUCCCCGUGCGUCUGGGGUUUCCUCCGGGUACUCCGGUUUCCUCCCCCAGUCCAAAGACAUGCGCUGUAGGCUGAUCGGCGUUUCAAAAUUGUCCAUAAUGUGCGAGUGCUUGUGCGAUUUGUGUCCUGCGAUGGGUUGGCACCCCGUCCAAGGUGUCCCCCGCCUCGUGCCCCUAGGCUCCAGGCUCCCUCACGACCCUGCCUAGGAUAAGCGGUACGGAAAACGUAUAGAUGGAUGGAAGUACGUACGAUAAUAUAACAUUACAACACCGCUGAUACCUGUGACUGCAGCGGUUGAAUGUAACGCCGGUAGGUUUGCAGUCUCUCGGUUAGCAGAUCACGUAUUCUUCUGAGGUUUUUGCCUCCGCACCCAACUUAAAUUUGACCUUCCCUGGAAAUCCACAGCGAAUCUUCCGGUGGAAAUCUACGUUGCGUAUCUUGAGUAAUUGCUGAACUUGUAGGUUUUCUCAGAGGGUAAGAACACUGGAGACCCUGAGUAGCAUGUGCAAUAAUAUUUAGUAAAGAGUUUAAAAUCGCUGAGGAUUUUAGAUGAGCACAGCAUCCUUUCCUCAACAAGGAUAGAUGAAUAUAUAAAUCAGCAGAUUUUUAUAUGAUUAUGAUAAAGAAAAGCAGGAAAAAGCUCUGCUUACUACACAUCACUACACAGAACAUUUCAUCUGAAGGUCUUCUGAACGGUAAAACAUUGCAUUCAUCUCCUUGACUGCUUUUUCUUGGGUUUGCUCUCUCUCUCUCACUCACACACACACACACACAUACACACACACACACUUUAUUCCUUUGUCUCUUUUUCAUUUAUAACCAGCUUGAAGAUUGUUGUUGGGAUGACAUUAUGGAAAUAAAUACAAAAGGGUUCUAAGGGAGGUUUUUUUUUAUUUUAUUUUUAUUUUCUAAAAGUAUUUCCCAUGUGAUUUGGACAAUGUUGAUGGUAUUCUGUAAAUAAUAGAGCUAGGUGGUCCCAUUUUUGUUGAUUUGGUUUGGGUUAUGAAGUCUUAUGACUGUACAUGCCUAUAUUUUGUAGAUAAAUGUCCUUGCUAAAUUGUAAAUAUAGGUCAUGAUUGUAUGGUAAUAAUAUUUUUUUUUUUCUUUCCCCCUGAAAUAAUCGACAGUACAACUUGUUGGAAAAAAAAAAAAUUCUUAGUCAAAACUGAUUCUAUUAUUUAGUCUUUUACUUGGAUUAUUUGUUUGUUUGUUUGUUUUUUCUUCCCCUUCACGCCUGUGUAGAUGGAGUUGUGACGCGGACUGCACUUUUGCUUUGUGUGUUUAUUUUAAAACUCUGAAGUGCAAUGAUGGACUGAUGCGUACAAUUGUGUUUUUUGUUUGUCUUUUUAUAACAGACAAUAAACGUAAGCAAGAAUGUGACCGAAGUAAUUAAUAAAAAUGAAGGAAGGUACAGUCCAAGAUUUCUGACGAAGACGUACAGACUGUGGAACCCAAACUGGAAACCCCACUGAUUGAUUGAUUGAUUUUUUUUUUUUUUUUAUUCUUAUUUUUAUUUUUUAUUUUUUUGGUACUGUCUGUAGAAUAUUAUUCAGAAUUGCUUACAACGGGGACUAAACCAUCUUGUAAAACGCUCUGCCUGUGUAAUUUGGAAAUGUAACAAACUGAACAGAUGGUGGAUUUUUUUUUUUAAAUGUCUGUACAGAUUAUGAUUUGUGAGUUUAAUAAGACUAUAUUCAGAUUUUCUUA